CCCGCCCAUAAGGCAGCUCAGCACAGACAUUGUCAGGGUAGAGACUUGAGCACAAGAAGUGAACCUGCUGCUGCUGCUGCCUGUAGUGGCUGUGAGACGGCAGCCUGACACCCUUCUGCCACCCUGAACCUGAGGACCUAUUGCCAAGGAGUUUCUGCACAAAGGAAUAUAUUCUACACGCCAGUUUAUCAUCAUUUUUGUCUGCUGUUUCGUAUUCUUGGGGUUUCCACAUUUUUUGAAGAAUUGUUUCCUCCCUCUAAAACAAAGGGGUUCGGUAAUAAAGACAUGCGUUCAGUAAAGAAGAGGUGGACUAUCUGCACCAUCAGCAUCCUUCUGAUCUUUUAUAAAACGAAAGACAUUACGAGAAGCGAAGAGCAUCAGGAUUCUCAACUCAACGGAGAAGGGGAACUCACUCUGAGUCGACUGAUGGUAAAUAAUUCAGACAAACUCCUUCGAAAGGAAGGUUCAGCGCUUUUUCACCACUCUGGAACAGGCUGGCAAAUCAAUUCUUCCCUGGCUUUGGAGAUAAGAAAGGAUAUCCUCCGGUUCUUGGACGCAGAAAGGGACGUGUCUGUAGUGAAAAGCAGUUUCAAGCCUGGAGAUGUAAUUCAUUAUGUCCUGGACAGACGUCGCACUCUAAAUAUUUCGCAGAACUUACACAGUCUUUUGCCUGAAGUCUCUCCAAUGAAAAGCCGUCGGUUUAGGACAUGUGCAGUCGUGGGAAAUUCUGGAAUCCUCCUCAGCAGCGGAUGUGGCAAAGAGAUUGACAGCCAUGACUUUGUAAUAAGGUGCAACCUAGCUCCCGUGGUUGAGUUUGCUGCCGAUGUUGGAACCAAGUCUGAUUUUAUAACUAUGAACCCAUCGGUUGUACAGAGGGCAUUUGGAGGUUUUCGCAAUGAAAGUGACAGAGAGAAAUUUGUCCAUAGACUUUCCAUGCUCAAUGACAGCGUCCUAUGGAUCCCUGCUUUCAUGGUCAAAGGCGGAGAGAAGCAUGUUGAAUGGGUUAAUGCAUUAAUCCUCAAAAAUCAGCUGAAAGUGAGAACCGCGUAUCCAUCACUGAGACUGAUUCAUGCUGUCAGAGGGUACUGGCUAACAAACAAAGUUCAGAUCAAGAGACCGAGCACAGGACUUCUCAUGUACACAUUAGCAACUCGAUUCUGCGAUGAAAUUCAUCUGUAUGGGUUUUGGCCUUUUCCCAAGGACGUACAUGGAAAUCAAGUGAAAUAUCAUUAUUAUGAUGAACUAAAGUACAAAUAUUUUUCCAAUGCAGGCCCUCACAGAAUGCCCCUGGAAUUCAAGACUUUGAAUUUAUUACACAACAAAGGAGCACUUAAACUGACAACUGGAACAUGCAUACAGCAAUAAACAUACAGAAAUUAGAGUAAGCCAUCUCUCAAGAGACAAGGAAGCAGCAGCAUUUUGGGUAUUGUGGGAGGAGGUUGGAAACUGGAUAACUGUCAGUUGCAAGGUGCUACAAACUAAUGUAAAAACCUAGUUCAGAACAAGUGCCACAUUUGUUCAUUGAAAGUCUGAAUGUUUAUCUGGUGUUUACAAGAUCUACAAAUGCAAUCACAAUUAACUUUAAAAGAAAAGUAAAACGAUUGGGCGUUGCUGGUGUGGUUGAAAAAUUGUAAUAUUGAAUGGUGUUUCUAAGUUUGGAGGGAAGUCAUUAACUAGUUUACAUCAGUAUUAAUUGAAGAUUCAUUUAAUGCCAAAAGUUUCAUGGGUUUUAUUGUGUUGUACUAAGAGUUUGUAGUGGUUUUUUAUAAGACUUUUUCUAGAUUAGAGGUUGAAAAUACAAUAUUGGAAUGUAAGAAAAAACAAGAUGUGAUCGCUACACAAAUUCAAAGUUGUGUAACAUUAAUUGCUUUCAGUAUUAUGCUGGUGUAUGCUUUACAAGGUGUGAAGCCUUGCCCUUUCCUGAUAAUGGAGAUUAAGCCUUUAGUAUGACCAUUUUGCUACUGUGGGAAGCCAAGCUGGAAGAAGGUAAUACAUUUAAUAUGAUUUGGAAAGAUUGUGUUUAUAAGCAAAGGUGCCCUUACUUUUGGUACCAAAGAUUCCGUGAUUUUGUAUACAUUUUAAAGUUGUUUUUUUGUUUUUACUUUUUUUUUUAUAAAAAGUAAGCGAUUAUUGAAAUGUGCAUUUAGUACUGCAAAGCUAUGCUGCUGAGAAAUAUAUUUUGUUAUAUUGUUUGUUUGUUUUUUACAGAAAAGCCUAAUUUAUCUGGGUAAUAUGUCUUUUUUUCUUAAGUGUAUGUUUACAUUUUGAAAAUGUUUGUGUCUUUUCAUACAUCCUCCCGUUAGAGUAAAUAAAGGAAAAAUUACAACUUAA